CGUUAGCGUAAACCACAACGGUAGUCCUUUUAUCAGUCUCGUUACAGAACGUUUCGGUAUUUGAUAUUAUUGUUUUACGUCGCCGUCCGUUUACGAACUCGCUCAGAAAUCAUGCACUGCACCGUGGCCGAGAAUUAACUACGGUAAACCUGGUAAAACCGAUUGUUUUACACACCUUUCAAACGGUGUCCGAUGUCGAGUUCCGUUUUUCACGAAAUCGAGAAACGAUAAGCUUUCCAAAUACAUCGUUAUACUGCGCGUUAAUUAUAAAUCUGCCGCGCAGGCUCGGUAAAAAAUGUUUCGUGCCGACACUGCGAUGCGUGGCGUAUUUACGGGGCCCAACAGAAAGAUCCGAAAGGGUUUUCAAAAGCUUCGCAACUCGGCCUGACGCGCAUUCCCUUAUUCGUGUUAAUGUAACAUACCUCAGUACGCGUUCGAUCCCUGUAUCAAUCGAGAUGCCGCAUUCGUAUGAGCACGUCGUAGACGCGCAGCAGCAGCAGCAGCAGCAGCAGUCGUCUAUCGGAGACGAACUGUAUAACCUGACGCAAUUGGCCGAAGUCAGCAUUGUCUACUUCAAACACCACACGACCGCCAUUAUUGAAGAUUCGAAAACAUUUGAUAAGAAAGAAGCUGACAACGAAGAUGGUGACGACGACGAGAUACUUCUGCAGGAGAAGACGACAAAGGCGAAGAAAACGACCAACAAGGAGCGCCAGUGUCCGGAUUGUGGGAAAUGUUACAGCACGUCCAGUAACCUUGCCCGGCACCGGCAGACACAUAGAUCGCUGGCAGACACUAAAGCCAGACACUGUCCCCAUUGCGACAAAGUGUACGUGUCAAUACCGGCGUUCUCGAUGCAUAUGAGAACGCACAGCCAAUCGUGUAAAUGUCACUAUUGCGGUAAAUGUUUCUCCAGACCAUGGCUGUUACAAGGGCACAUCCGUACGCAUACGGGCGAAAAACCUUACGAAUGCGAAAAGUGUUGCAAAGCGUUUGCGGACAAGUCGAACUUGCGAGCUCAUCUGCAGACCCAUUCUACAGAGAAACCACACGUCUGUCAGAAAUGCAACAAAGCAUUUGCACUAAAAUCAUACUUAUACAAGCACGAGGAAUCAGCUUGUGGUAAAAUGACAUCAAUCAACAACAACAACAACAACAACGAUUAGGAACCUUUUUAUUUUUUUAUUAGUUUUACAAAUCAAAAAUGCUUAACAAUUAUUAUUUUUGUUUGUAUAUAAUUAUAUUUUAUGAUAAUUAAGAUUUUCAUAAUUCUCUUGUUUUUUUCCCGAAAUGAAAUGAAAAUAAAAUGUGAUGGAUAUUGUA